CUUUUGCCGGACUGGUGGAAGAAUAUUGCCUUUGUAGUUUGGCUUUGUCCAGGAUUUUCCAUCUUUGGCAGUGACAGAAUUGUUUCAGUCGCAAUUCUUGGUGGUUUCCAAGUCUGCCGGUUGCCGUGCCGUUGCACCAACUAAUUACUUCCCAUUCUAGCAUUGCGACCGCGAUUGGUGGUGAAGGGGACUCCGGUAGGGCAAAGUCCACGACAUCUCUCCCAUCCGUGAAUAGUGCAUGCGCAAAGGCUCGGGUCUGAACAAAUCAAUGACGGUUUCUUCUUUCGGCAGUAGGCCGGCCCGAAGAAAACAGUUCGUCGCUCCGUCAAUACUACACAGUGAGUCUGUGCUCCUCUGACAGCGGCAAGCAUGAUCAUUUGCAAGUCUCGGCGAAGAUCUCGGUGCGCCGCUAGCGUCUUGUUGGUGGUGUUGACUGCAUUGGCUGGGCUGAACAGUGUAGUGUUUGCCUUUAACGAGGAUGUGGUGCCGCUUUGUUCCGUCGAUUCGGACGAGAUCCGACCCCCGGGUAGCCGAGAGCGGUCCAGCUUGAAGAGCAGGACGCAGGACGAGCUAGUAGACGUAGCGACGUGGACAAGUGAUGUGUAUAAAAACGUGACGUUCGAACAUAUCGUACAGGUGGGGAGCACGGACGAAUUCAUUGACGCGCUCUACAACAUCGAGAAUUCGACGUGGAUCAAGAUGGAAACGGGUGAGUACGGGCUGCCUGGACCGGAGCGCGCCCCCGCAGCGUUCUGGCUACAGGACUUACACAACGUGAUGAUAGAGGGCAAGUGCCAGAAGGUCGACGGCUACGGCAACUGCGUGCGCUCGGAAACGACGCUGAGCUGCGAGAACGAGGGGCUGAGCGGCACGGGGCUGGCGUUUCUGAACUCGGUCGGCAUCGUGUUCGCCAACGUGACCAUCCACCGCUGCGGCGCAGUGCACUGGAGCACGAGCUGGUCGAACAUGACCGGCCAGCUGCCCAUCAUGUCGGCGCUGGUGUUUGCGCGCUGCCAGAACGUCACCUUGUACGGCACGACGAUCGAGCUCAGCCGAGGCGCCGGCGCAUUCCUGGUGGACGUGAGCGGGCACGUGCACGUCGAGUCCUGCACGUUCCGGCACAACAACGCCACCGACAUGCUGCAGUACCUGAACUACGCCGACAAUGUCACCAACACCACGUUCGGAGGCGGCGGGCUGCUCGUGGAGUUUGCGUUCUGCAAACUGCCGAUCCUGUUCAACGCCAGCGAUAUCACCAACAGCACGUUCUAUCCGCUGUGCGAGCACGAGCAACACGGUGCUUGGAUUCAGCAGCAGCCACGUCCCAGGUACCUCAUCUACAACAACACCUUUCAAGAAAACCGGGGGUUGUCCUACAACAUCCUCAAGUUUACGUUCAUCCGACCAGGCGGGCAUUUCCAUCAGGCUUUCGGCCGCGGAGGAGGCUUGUCCAUGUUCUUCAAAGGCUUCGUUCACAAGUCUGACAUCCUCGUCGACAGCUGUAAUUUCUUCGGCAACGAGGGAGCCUGGGGCGGCGGCCUGUUCAUGGAGCUGCAGGACGGCGUAUCGCACACCAACAUCACAAUUCAGAGCUGUCGCAUUGAGGGCAAUAUUGGUCACGAGGCGGGCGGAGGCGUUCGCAUUGGUUUCAUCUUCCUCGACGAGAACAUCACCCAGGAGUUUAACAGCAUUCAGUUCACCGGCGUUGACAUUGUGAGCAAUGAAGGCAGCUGGGGCGGCGGUCUAUCGGCGUAUACGGCCACCGAGCCCCGUCGCCUGGCAACGAACCAGCUUCGCUUCAACGGCUGCAGCUGGUGGAAGAACGUGGCGCAGAACGCGGCGGCAGUGGCGCUAAGCCGCUGGCACUACGUAACGCUGGGCGCGGUGGUGGAGCCCGUGUUCGCGGCGUGCACGUUCCGCGACAACGUGGUGCGGACGAGCCUGAUCAUCGGCCGCGGCACUAUCCUAGUCGACAUGCUGGCGUUGACGCUGGUGGACUCGUCGCUCUGCGGCAACAACGGCUCGGCUCUGGUGCUGGACACGUCGUCGGUGAACAUGAGAGGCUCGAUCACGUUCCACAACAACACCGGGGACACUGGCGGUGCCGUAAUGCUCACCGGCUUCUCCUGGAUCACGCUGAACAGCGACACGUCGGUGGCGUUCCUGCGCAACAUGGCGCACAUGUACGGCGGCGCCGUCUACUGCCAGACGAACAGCGCGCACUCGGUGCUGUCGUCGCGCAACUGCUUCCUGCAGUACGCGGACCCGAUGGCCUCGCCGGACCAGUGGAACGCCACGGUGACUUUCUCUAGCAACGCGGCGCACGCCGCCGGCCACUCCAUCUACGCCACCACGCUCUUCCACUGCCUGUGGGGCGGCGACAUCGAGGGCCUCUACCCCAGACCCGAGCAGAUGAAGAAGGUCAUGAACUGGACCAACUUCCACUACUACCCGAAGAACCGCGCCGGGUACGAGAUUGCGACCAGCGCCAAUCGGCUCGUUCCGCCCGCGGGACGCGUCCAGAUGGCGCCAGGCGAGCACAAGGCAAUAAACGUACGAGCCCGAGAUGAUCUUGACCAGUUGUCGGACACGGUCGUCUACAUAACGGUCGACGCGAGCGCGCACAACGAGGACAACGUGACCGUUGGCGAGGACUCCUACCGUACGAUCACCGACGACAGCAUGAGCAGCAUCUGGCUGGUGGGCGAGCCGCUGCAGAACCGCACGCUGCGGCUGCGGACGCUCUCGGCCAUUCCCGUCGACAGCGUGAUGACGGUGGAGACAACGCAGUGCCACCCGUGCUACUGGUACUCGCCGGCCAAGGGCAAGUGUGUGUGCGUCACGGACACCAAGCAGGUGUCGCACACCGCCGUGUCGAGAUGCGACGACUCCAACUACGGCUGCUACCUGCAGAACGGCUACUGGGGAGGCUUCAUCAACAACCAACCGCAUUCGCCCGGCGACAGCAAGGACCUGCAGCACAGCUGGAACACGAGAACGUUUGUCACGCUGCCAUGCCCGUUUGACUACUGCCACUGCGAUUCGAGCAGCAAUGCAGCGUACAGCGAGUGUGCGCUGAUCAACAACGCAACGGAAGACACCGAGGACAAGUACGGCUUCUACAUGAACGCGCAGUGUAUGAAUGGCCGCGUCGGGCGUCUGUGUGGCAGCUGCCGCGAGGGACUGAGCGUGCUGCUCGGGAGCAACGAGUGCCGCAACUGCACCAGCGAGAAUGCCUAUAUCGUGUGGGGCUCGUUCUCCAUCAUCGGCAUCUUCAUCACCGUGUUCAUGAUCUGGACGGACUUCAACAUUCUCUCCGGCCACGUCAACAGCCCAUGGUUCUACUUCCAGGUGCUACCCUACAUCAUGUCGGACAAUGCGUCGUACCACUUCAACACCAUCCCGCCGUUCAACUACAUCAUGAACCUGGUGAACGCCUCGCUGCCCUGGGCCACCUGCUUCAUAGGCGGUCUCGGCGACCUGGAGAAGCUGGCCAUCUCCUACGCCGUGCCCACGUACAUACUGCUGAUAGUGCUGGCCGUGGCCGUGGUGUGCCGAUACCCGCGCAUGAAGCGCCUCCUGCUCUGCGGCUACCGCAAGGAUCAGGAGCCGUCCGUGCUGAAGACGCUCUGCUCGCUGCUGGCCGUAUUCUACGUGUCGCUGGUGGGCAACAGCUUUCAGCUGCUCAUGUUCGUAGACAUCGGCGACAGCGGGCCGUGGCUGUACCGCGACGCCAACGUGAAGUUCUGGGGCAGGGAGCAUGCGCCGUGGGGAGUGCUUGCCGUGCUGAUAAUCAUCCUGGUGGCUAUACCGCUGCCGUUGUUCUUGCUGUGCGGACCGCGUCUGCAGCGCCGCUACAGCCUGACGCGCUUUAAGCCGCUGCUGGACAUCGUGCAGGAGCCGUACGCGCCCAACCGCCGCAGCUUCGCCGGCUUCUACUUCAUGGCGCGCCUGGUCUUCCUGGCGUUGACCACCACCGAGAUUAUCCCGCUGAACAUCCGCCAGGCCGUGCUGCAGCUGCUCUGCCUGCUGGUGCUGGUGAUUCACAUGUGCGCGCAGCCGUACGGCGGCCGCUUCAUCUGGCUGAACUGGGUAGACACGGUCGUUCUGGCCACGCUCGCAGCCACCGUACAGGUGAACUUCUUCUAUGGCAUUCGCUCCGACUCCGGCGAGACCACCGAGUGGGCGGCCUACGUCGUCAUCACCCUCAUGUCCAUUCCUCUUCUCUACCUGCUGGUGUUCAUCGUCACAUGGGUCUCGCUGACCGUGCUGCACGGGCUCAGCAAGCGAGGCCUGGUCAAGCGCCGCUUCCCCAAGUUCCGCUACAUCGAGCAGGCCAUGGCGUCCGCCCUGGUCGCGCUGAAUCCGCAGCCACCGCGGCAACUGGAGACGUCCUACGAUAGCAACGCCGCCUCGAUCCUCUGGACGGCCUCGUCCACGGGCACGAGCAGGAGUCGCUCGGGACCAACACAACGUCACCAGCAGCCACGGCAGCAACCGUACUACGAGGCGCCGAAGCAACCGCUCUUGCAGCCGGUCAGCGAUAACGAAGAAGACGAUGACGACGACACUGGACACGGCAACCGGUCCUAUUCCACGUUCAUAAACCAUGACGCCGUUCGGGAAAGAAACACAAACUCCUCGCGGGGCUACGAGUCGUCCUCCACAAUCAACUCAGUUGCAUCACAACACCAGAUUGGUGACGAGGCGUCCGGCGAUUCCGUUCGACCCAACCCAGGGGAUAGCGGACACGGAUGAAAGCUGCAAGUCCUGUGAGGGUAUGCUGUUGUAGUCAGUGCAAUUUAACCUUGAGCAACGCAGAUGUGCAUUGCAUUUCUCUCGAGACGUGAUAAAUAAUAUUGGCUGUGCUGAUGAUGUCAUCGUAUGCCUUUUUUGCCUUGAACCCCUCCGAUGAUGACCUCUUUGCAUACCGUAGGACCUGCAGAAAUGUACUCUUUGCACAUGCAGUCUUAUUCAUGUGAACUACAGCCGUGGUCACAUGACGAUGCCAUGUGUCCACUGCUGACUGCCAGUGUGCCUUGAAAGUUGAAACACAUAGAACUGUGUCACCCUGUAUGACAGUGUCCAAGGACACAUCCGCCGUGAAGUUGAACUAUUCUUGAGCCGUAUACCGAUUUUUUACUCUCACUUUGGGCUGCUUUUCUGUUGUUUUAAAACGGACUUUUUUUCGAAUCUCAACGCCAUUUUUUAAAAUUAAUUAACGAGCAUGCGAAUGAAAACAUGUAACUAACUGCCCAUCUUGGGGUUUGAACCUAGGAAUCUAUAAUGACUAUAUCCACACAAGCUCUACAAAUAAAUUAACUGUGAAAAAUUACUUUCUAUCGAAUACUGCAACUCCUACACUUUUUCUUAUUCUCCACAAAAGAUGCUGUCUACUAGUUGUGUGAGCCUGCCACUUGUAAGAGCAAGUGAUUUUAACAUUACUAUUAUUCUGGCAUUUCAAACAUAUUAUUCUUCAA